CAAGUCUUCCAAAAACAGUUAAUAUGUUAUUUGAAGAUUCAAAAACUAUUGAAAUUUUUUGUGAAAAUAUGUUGCAACUCUAGAUUUUGUUUCUAUAAUUCUAUCUUUCUAUUUCUCAGUAGUUACAUAUAUGGCUUUUUAGUUCUAGCUUUUCUUGCUAAGCACUCACAAGCAAAUGACUCUUAAUGCCAGAGUAUUUGCUGCUCUUUUUCACAUAUUUGCUUGCUUAUUUCUGGAUAUUCUUGAAAUAAGCAAUGGCGUACAGAGUGAUAUCGCCUGCUUGAAGUCAAUUAAACAUUCGCUUGAAGACCCUUACGGCUACCUUAAUACUUCAUGGAACUUCAAUAACAAUACUGAAGGUUUCAUCUGCAAAUUUACUGGGGUCGAAUGCUGGCACCCUGAUGAGAAUAGGGUCUUAAAUCUCAGACUAAGCGACAUGGGGCUCAGCGGCCGGUUCCCUCAGGGCAUUAAAAACUGCACAAGUCUAACCGGGUUAGAUCUCUCCAAUAAUGAACUUUCAGGACCCCUCCCAUUUAACAUAGAUCAUUUAGUUGGGUUUCUCACAAUCCUCGACCUUUCCAGCAACAACUUUUCUGCCAAAAUUCCAGUUAGCUUAUGCAAUUGCACUUAUCUAAAUGUCCUUAAACUUGACCACAACCGUCUAACUGGUCAAAUCCCUCCGGAAUUUGUCCUCCUCGCCCGUUUGAAACAAUUUAGUGUUUCUAACAAUAUGUUGUCAGGGCCUGUCCCUUACUUUGAUCCCAUUAUCUCUAUUACAGCCGAUAGCUUUGCUAACAACUCGGGUCUUUGUGGAGCGCCUUUGGAACCCUGUCCAACUCCAAAGCAAAGAAGGAAGUCCGAUUUUUCAUUCAAAGAUGGGUUUCUAGUUGGUUACGCGGUUUCUGCAGUUUCAGUAAUAACUAUUUUUAUGUUCCGGUCCCAUUAUGUGGCUUGCAUGAAUGACAAGCGACGUACUAAGAACAAGAACGAAGAAGCUGAUCAAGUUAACCAGCCGCCAACUAAAGGGCUCCUGCUAGAAGGGAGCAAAAAGAAUUCUCAAUUGGAAGGAAAAGUUACUAGAGUGAACUUUAUAGAACUCAGUGAAGCAUCUAACAAUUUCAGCCCAGAUAAUGCCAUUGGGUUGGGAAAGAUCGGGGUGAUGUACAAAGCAAUGCUUCCAAAUGGUUCACUUCUUGCGGUCAAGAGGUUACAUGAUUGUCAAUCAUUUGAGAAACAAUUCAUAAGUGAGCUCCUAGCUCUAGGUAGAUUGAGACACAAUAACAUAGUUCCUCUCUUGGGAUUCUGCAGAGAGAGGAAGGAAAAGCUUCUAGUGUACCAAUAUAUAUCGAAUGGCAAUCUUUAUGAUUGGCUACAAGCAAGGGAAGGCAAUAGCGAAGCCGUCAACCCUGUCAGAGCAAAGCCGUCAACCUUAUCUGUGCAAUCCGUCGAGGACGAAUACUCGCUGAUUACACCAACCGUCACCUGUCCUCUGCUAAGUUUGGUAGACGGCGCCCACAAGUCAGCCUCGAGGAGUUUAGCUUCCUUGAAAAGCAAUGAUAAGAUCUUGGAAUGGCCUUUGAGGAUCAAAAUUGCCAUCGGGAUAGCAAGAGGCUUAGUAUGGCUUCACCAUAAGGGCAAUUUUAGAGUAGUCCAUCUUAACUUGAGUUCAAAUUGUAUCUUACUUGAUAAAAAAUUUGAGCCCAAGAUAUCAAAUUUUGGAGGGGCAAAAAUAUCAACUUUUGAAGGAGCAAUGUUCAGGGAUUCAAAUGAGAUUGACUCAAGCAGUAGCUCUUUUGUAGACAAUGGGGUUUGGGAGUUGGGUUUUGUCAAAAAGGAUGUCUAUGACUUUGGAGUUUUACUUCUUGAGUUAAUUACAGGGAAGGAGCUCAAUCAAAUCGAUAAUUAUCUAAACAGUUUGUGCGAGGGUUUGGUUGAUUGGAUUACUCAUCUUUUGACAAGUUCUUCCGAUGUCUACAGUGUCAUUGAUAAACCUUUGAUUGGCCAAGGAUUUGAUGGUGAAAUCUUUCAGUUUCUCAGAAUUGCAUGUACUUGUCUUAAGCCCUUUCCUGCUCAAAGGCCAACAAUGCUUGAAUUGUACAAUACAAUAAAUCUUUUGGGGGAGAGAUAUGGCAUCACAAAUGACUUUGAGAUUUUGAGUCAACCUGAAAUUGCUACCGCAAGUACGUCAAAUGAAAUUGUUGAGGUAGAAAUUACAUAGACCAAUUGAAGCAUUGCAUACAAAGUGCAAAAUUAUGUUGAGAAAAAUCAGAAAACAGAUUUUCUUUUGGGUUAUGUUUGUUUGCUAUAAUCUUUUUGUCUUUUUGUCAUCAUUGCC